AGGGUUGAAAUUACAGGAAGAGAAGCCAGACAGAGACCAGUAGAAACAGAUCAUUUGAUCCUGAGGAGAGAUGGAUUGUAUAACGCGACCGGAACUGGUUGAUUUCCACGGAGUCUCAAUGACUCAUUAUUUCACGGAUAACUGGGAAAAUGUGCAAAACUUUCAGGCCAGACCAGAUGAUAUACUUAUUGCAACAUACCCCAAAGCAGGGACCACAUGGGUCUCCUACAUUCUUGACCUGCUGUAUUUUGGUCAGAUAUCUCCAGAGCGUCAGACGUCCAUCCCUAUCUAUGAUAGGGUGCCUUUUUUGGAGAUCAUAGUGCCAGGCUUGGAUUCAGGAAAAGACUUGAUAGACAACCUCCCCACCACCCCUAGACUGAUCAAAACUCAUCUUCCCAUCCAGUUUGUGCCAAAGUCAUUUUGGGAGCAAAACUGCCGGAUUGUCUAUGUAGCCCGCAAUCCAAAGGACAACAUGGUGUCGUUUUUCCACUUUGAUCGCAUGAAUGGAAUUCAACCAGAGCCUGGAGACUGGAGCAGCUAUUUCCAGAGAUUCUUGGAGGGAAAACUUGCGUUUGGCUCCUGGUACGACCAUGUGAACGCCUGGUGGAAAAAGAAACAAACUUACUCAAAACUCCAUUACAUGUUCUAUGAAGAUUUGAUUGAGGAUACUGGACGGGAAAUAGAAAAACUCUGCUCUUUUCUCGGUUUGACUCCUUCAGCUGAGGAGAAGAUAAAACUUGCAAGUGGAGUGCAGUUUGAUAAGAUGAAAAAGAAUGAGAUGGCCAACUAUUCUACUUUACCAGUUUUGGAUUUCAAGGUUUCUCCCUUCAUGAGAAAAGGGAAGGUCGGUGACUGGAAGAAUCACUUCACUGUGGCGCAGAAUGAAGCUUUUGAUAAGGACUACAAGGACAAAAUGAAGGAUCCCACACUGAAGUUUCGUACUGAAAUAUGAACAAGCCUGGAAGCUCUGUGUGUAUAUAUGAAGAUUAAUUGUUUUAUCUUACUAAUUUAUCUGAGUUAAAGCUCAUAAUUGUGCUGUAUAUGAUGGUAAGCUGUAAAGAUACUGAUGCUCUCAGAUGAAACUACUAAUAAUACACUCAAAAUGAAAGUGCAUUAAUUUGCGUACAUUUUUUUAACUUGUUAGAAAUAAAGAAAUAAAGAAUGAAUUUAUUUU